GGGCAUACAAGUUUUCGUUUUAUGUUGGGGUUGGCAUCCCUAUUGAGUAAUCAGCUGUUUAGCUGUCAAAACAAACCAAAUUGCUUUUAUUUUUGGGUUUGUAACAAAAUGGAUUCAAAAAUUAAAAUACUUAUAGUUGGUGAUGUACGCGGUCGAUUUCGGCAGUUUUUCCAACGCGUGGAAAGUAUAAACAAAAAAGCCGGCCCUUUCGAAAUCAUCUUUUGUGUUGGUGAUUUUUUUGGCACAGUAGAGCAAAAUGAUGAACUGAUUGCUUAUAAAAAUGGAAAUAAAUUGGUGCACGUACCUACGUAUAUUCUUGGGCCCUGCUCAAAGAAAACAGUACAGUUUUACAAUGACAUAGAAAAUGGUGAAAUAUGUGUUAAUUUGACAUACUUGGGUAAACGAGGAUUGUAUACUCUCACUUCGGGUGUUAGAGUAGCUUACUUAAGUGGGCUGGAAAAGGUUGAUGGCUACAUUCCCAGUGAAGAUGAAAAACAAAUUUUCUUUGACAAAGAUGACAUAGUAUCUAUUCGUAAUUCAUGUGUUGUAAGUAAAACGUCUGCCUCCGAUUAUAAAGGUGUCGAUAUUCUGCUCACUUCGCAAUGGCCAUAUGGCAUAUACGAAGAUAAUGAAAACUCUUCAAAGAUGAUUUCCUUUUUAUGUAAAGAAAUCAAGCCCCGCUACCAUUUUUGCGGCCUCAACAGCAAGUAUUACGAGCCAUCUCCUUUUAGAAUACCAUCCGAUCACCUAACUCAAUUGGAACUUUGUACUCGUUUUAUCUCUUUGGCGGAGGUCGGCAAUGUUGCUAAGGAAAAAUAUAUUUAUGCCUUAAGCUUAACGCCAGUGGAGAAAAUGCGUGUUUUGGAGUUGAUUCAAAAAACGACAAAUGAAACUAAAUGCCCGUUCAUUGGUAUGAAUUUCCACGAUAUCACAGGACAUGACAGGCAGUUAGAAUGUAAACAAUAUUUCUAUGACAUGAAUACGGGCGGAGAUGAUAUCCGUAAGCGCUCUGGUGGUAGCGGUCAUCGUCAUGAGAAACGCGCACGAAUUAUGAAUAUAGAUCAAGAAAAAUGUUGGUUCUGUUUAUCAUCAUCCGAUGUAGAAAAGCAUUUAGUUAUUUCAAUUGGAGAUAAUUUUUAUUUAGCUUUAGCUAAAGGACCAAUCAACGAAUUCCACGUUCUUAUUAUGUCCAUAACUCACAUUUCUUCAGCAUCGUUACUAUCUGAUGAGAAUUGGAAGGAAUUGUCAAAAUUCAAAAAUACGUUACGUGACUUCUUUCAAUCGUAUGGGCAAGUUGUUUGUUUCACCGAACGUCACUACAAGUCAUCGCAUUUACAAAUCAAUGCAUUAGGUAUUGAUGAAGGUUAUGCGUGGAAGAUCAAACAUGCGUUUGAGGAUAAAGCUGAGGAAUUCAAUUUACAACUCGAAACUCUAUCGGCCCUUACAUCAUCGCAAAUGCUACCGCAACAAGGGCCUUAUUUUGUAGCAGAACUGCCAGAUAAAAGCUCUUUGAUUACUCGACAAAUGAAACAUUUUCCACUCCAUUUUGCACGUGACGUCUUUUGCUCGGAGAAUUUACUUAAUUGUGAGGAAAAAGUAGAUUGGAAGGAUUGUAAAUUAAAUAAAGAUGAAGAAAUCGAAAUGGUAAACAAUUUUCGAAAAAAAUUUCAAAAGUACGAUUUUACCCUUUAAGUUUAUUUUACGCUGUUUUGAGGUAUAAUAUGAUUGACAAUUUCUAAUAAACUGAUAAAUUUUUUACGAACAUA